UUUGACAGAUUGUUAAAGAUGCAGCUUUAGCUUAUUUAUAGUGUUGUGCACCACCAGACAAGCUAGCAAUGUUGCUCCAGGUUAGCUUUUCAUCAGUCUACAUUGAAAUUCAGUUUCUGUGGGGCUCCCCUGUCCUGUACAGUCCUAACGUUUGACUAACUGCUAAUUCACAGCAAGUAUUGUUGGCACUUGAGUUAUGUAAACCAUAUACGCAGUACUCCUUUGGCUUAAAACUAUUUGUUAAAGUUAAAAUUUCAUUCAAGAAUAUUGAGAUUUUUGUCAUUGUUGUAUGUUUUUUUUAUGAAUUAUGAUGAAUUUAAAUGUUUUAAUUGCUUUAAUAUUGCAAAUAUAUUCAGUUCGCUGUCAUAAAUCAUUCUCUUGAUUUGUUAAUAAAAAGACAAGAAUAUUUUACAUGAAUGCAAUUGAAACUGAAAAACAUUGAAAUUGGAGCAUCUACUUUGGAGGUAUACAUGGCUGGUCAAUAGUUUGGUUGUAGCUCUUUUAUACUUUGCUUUUAAUGUCAUUUCUCCCCGAGCUGGUGUCUGCUUUGGGGCUCGGGGGGGCUGUCUUUAACAGCAGCAGUGUCACUGUGUUGUAGAUGAGAGAGAGAAAUAAACAACCUCUCCACGGAAAUGUGACCUAGUGCGACUUCAAGUUCAAAAUGUGGACAAACCUUUGUACCGGGGGACAAUACACUGCUUCCAAUCCAUCAUACGCCAGGAGUCGAUGCUUGGUCUUUACAAAGGCAUCGGCUCUCCAAUGAUGGGCCUGACCUUCAUCAACGCCAUAGUUUUUGGUGUGCAGGGCAACGCCAUGCGGAAGCUCGGCAGGGACACACCGCUCAACCAAUUCCUGGCUGGAGCCUCAGCAGGAGCCAUCCAGUGUGUCAUAUGCUGCCCCAUGGAGCUGGCCAAGACACGCAUGCAGCUGCAGGGGACUGGCGAAAAGAAGUCGAAGAAGAAGAUGUACAAGAACUCCUUGGACUGUCUGGUAAGAAUCUACAGGAGGGAGGGAAUCCGAGGUAUCAAUCGCGGCAUGACGACCACCCUGAUCCGUGAGACGCCAGGGUUCGGUGUGUACUUUCUCGCUUAUGACACGUUGACGCGUUCCCUGGGUUGUGAGCCGGAAGACCCAUACAUGAUCCCAAAGCUGUUGUUUUCUGGUGGAAUGUCUGGGAUCGCUUCCUGGCUCUCCACCUAUCCCGUAGACGUGAUCAAGUCCCGUCUGCAGGCGGACGGGGUCGGUGGUGUCAACAAGUACAACGGCAUAAUGGAUUGUGUGAGACAGAGCAUAAAGAAGGAAGGCUUGAGGGUGUUCACACGUGGACUCACAUCCACUCUGCUCCGCGCGUUCCCAGUGAACGCUACCACAUUUGCCACUGUGACUCUAUUCUUAAUAUACAUGCGUGACGGAGAAGAGUGUAGCAUUCAGGACUCAGAGCCACAGGCUGUCGCGCUGCAACCUUUGCAGCCACAGGCACAGCCGACCAGCAUGUAAGCCACUGUGCAGCUGCGCUAAUUACUACAGUCGUCAGCAAGUCUAUCCAGUAUAGAUGGAAUUUACAGCUUCAUGCCGGUCUGUGAUCUGUUAACUGGUGUCCAUAAUGACAAAGUUGAAAGUUGUAUUCAUCCGCCCUUGGAGCUUCAGCCAAGUGACCACAUGUAGUAUUUAAAUAAUAUAUUAUAAGAUAAAAGCAGCACAUGUAAAUAUGGUCUCUUUUUAAAAACUUGGUUUUGUACACAUUUUUUUUUAAAUGUUGAAUUUAGGAAACUUAACGGUUACAAGAGUUACUGUAACAUACAGUACUGGUUACAGAUGUCCCAAAAAUGUAUUUACAGUUAAAGAAACACUUUGAAUGCUGUGUUCAGUUUAAAAGGAGGUAUACCUGAAAUUCAUGUUAAAACCUUUAUCAAGUAUAAAGACAUGCAAGACAUGCCUGAACUUCACUGUGUGCCAUAAAGUAUUUUGAAGCUUAGAUUCAUGAAGUUUAAGCAGCAGACCAAUCCAUCAUCUUUUUGAUGGUGUCCAUAGUUAUCCCCUUUCCGUUAACCUCCAUAGUGUGAACACAGCAUUUUAUCAUAAUGGUUACAAAUACAAAGAAAGCAUGACAUAUGCACUGUACAUUUAUGUAGAUAUUAUUCUUUCUGAGGUCCUAACCGUGUAUGUAGUCGAACUUUCCUAUGAGAGGUCAUAGGAAUGCAAUCCAAAUGUUAUGAGGUGUCGAGGUUUUAAUUAAAUGAGGUGUCUUUAUUUCUUUGUGUACUUAAAUAACCUGUUUUAAUUCUGAAAUUCAUAGAGAAAAUAUUACUGGCUUGGACAAUGAAUUUCCCUUUGUAGUGUGAUGGAAACAGAAAUACCGUGUAGGUCAAUGCAGAGAUUUCACCCAGAUAUAAAAUACUUAUGUUUAAUUGUGGGCUUGAUGUCUUUGAAAUGUUUUUUAUUUGACACAAUUUUUGUCGAAAACCAGAUUUAAGGCAUUUAUUAAUCUUUUUGUUCUGGACAUCAUGCAAUGUCCAAAGAAAGCACCUUAUGGUAUAAUGUUAAGCACAUUACUGUAAAAAAUACACUGAUGGCAGUCAGAUUUUUCACUACAGUUACAUUUGAUGUUUGAAAUGUCCCACCGGUACGGUUCUGUUACAGUGUAGGGCAAACUGAUGGCAUAGUUAAAGUUGGCUUUUUAAAAAUCUUUAUUUAAGAUUUUUUAAGCCUCUUCUCCCUCUCAUUAGAUGUGAAGCACGAUGUUCCACAGGAGGGAGUUUUUAUGGUCAGAUCAGCACCGUACACACUGAUCUCCGCCAUCUAGAGGCAGAGAAAGUAACUGGUCUGGAUAUUUUUAGCAUUUUUAGUUGCAGAUUUUGCUUUUUUAUAGCUGCUGUUUGUGUGUUUCAAGAAUGUACAUUUGUACACCUGUUAGCAAAAUCACAAUUAAAUAUCUAUAAAUAUGAGUAUAACCUCCCAAACUGAAAUAAAAUGCAGGUUGUGACAAUACGUAAAGGGAACUUUCAAAGAUGUUUCAAAUGAAUGUAUCAUUUUUUUCUAUUUCUAAAUGCCUAUAAAACCUUUUCAGACACUAACCACAAACACCAACUAGUAUCAAAUAUUCACCACCAAAGAUAGAGCCAACUUACUUUGCUAUUUAUUUAUGUUUGUUGUCUUUAAGGUUGCUUCCCUCUUCAUAUUAACCAGGACAGGACAGAGAGAUGUGACCUCUGUACUCCACCCUGUUAACAUUUGCUGAAGUUAAAACUUUUCACAUUUCACAAGUUAAACAUGUAAACCAUAAACAGCAGCUGAAAUAAAAACUUAAUCUGGAAGUGUUACAAUUGCAGGAGCUAUUACUUCUCCUGCAUGUAGAUGGCGCCCUGUCUAAUCUCUACAUCUGCAGUUGUGAACUGCUGCUGCUCUUACUUUUGACAGGGUAGACUGGGGCUACAGGGUCAGAAGUGAAGGUCUAAAACUGCUUUGGGGUUGUCCAAAGACAUAGCGAUGUGUGUGUGUAUAUACUGUGAAUUUGGUGUACAAUGUGUGAAAUCUCUCUAGGCUUUUGAAUUAAUAAAUUACGAUAUUUCUGUCCCAAGAUUUGUUCUGUAUUUUCUAAUGUAAUGUGAUUUGUCUGACUGUACUGGAGGAUGACACACAAUAACUUAUAUCUUAAUCAAGGAGUUGCUUUAAAUAUCCAAUAUUGUAUUUUGUGUUAUGUACUUGUUUUUUAACAUCUUGCACCAAAGCAGCAUGCACAGUACGUAGGCCCUUGAAAGAUAC